AGACAAUGAGUCAUCUUCAAAUCGCUCAUUGGCCCGAAUAUCAAGGAUGUGCUCACGUGGAUUACAAUCUUAUCGAGAUCCAUCCUGAGAAAAGGAGGUACUUUCGCUCCAGCGAUGAAGAACAGUGGGGGAGAAUACUGAACCAUGACCUUGACAACAACGUUGGACUCGCCCCUAUCGUUAUGGUCUCCCGACUAGCGCUUGACAAUGCGCGAAGAGGCAGUCGAGAUGUAAGUGAUGGCCGGUCGCCACCGGUGCUUUUGUUUCGUAUUGGAGAGAUGCUAUGCCUUGAUGGGCAAUCUCGCGUGAGGGCGAUCUUGAAUCCUAGGACAGGGUCCAUGACGAGAAAAUUUGAUUUGGUCCAUCUGGUCCUUGACGAAAUGGACGAUCGUAAGCGACAUGAGAUUCUCUACGGUUCCUGCUACCAGAUUCGUCCCAACUGCAGUAAGCUCUACACCGAAAUCCAACAGACCGAAAACUUCGACGGGCGGCGGAGAAACCUACAGCUGAAGUCUACACUCAAGAAAAGCGAGCUAGAGGGCCUGAGGGCUCUGAAAAAUUGUAAAAGGCUGUCUGAUGCGUACAAUAAAGUCAGGGAGGCUUUGCCGACCAUGGCACACGGCUUUCUGUUCAGUCGGUUCAAGGCUUACCAUGCCACAUUAUGCGAGGUUUCGAUGGAACGGUAUUUGGUGAGGUACAUCUACGAAUUCUGGCAGAUUAUGGGCAACGAUGCGAGGUCAAAGAUCGAGGGAUUGGAGGAAUUCCCGCUAAACCAAAUACCCUCAGAAGCAAUUGAUCGGCUUCAAGGAUUAAUGCCAGCGACAUCAAGCAAAGAUCAAUCAGAAGUUGACGAAGCCUUUUCAGUGCCUGAAAUGUUUGGAGAGCUCAGUGAGACGCACCGAGAGGCGUUGAAAGACAGUAUCUUAAGCUCACAUCACAUGAUUCCCUCCUUCAAACUCUUCACAGUGCACAUGCGAGUUCUAGAAAGGGUAUCCGGCUGCCUCAAAGAAAUGCUCGGCCUAAAUGGGCAGCAUGGGGCCCGCCGGCAAGGAUGUUCGAGGCCACUCGAGACCAUGCUACGAGAAAUGUAUACUUUGGAUCGGAACAGUGACGAUGAGUAUCACAUCCAGACUAUGAAUGGAUGGCGGACCAUCCGCGCUCCUUUCGAGGACCGGCGAGAUCUCAGUUGCCGUCAACUCUGGCUCUUUGCGAUGAGGCACGCGGUCGGAGUGGGUCAGAUGGAUCCCGAUCUUUUCGCCCGCGUAGCGACACGCCUAGGGUUCUACUCUGACUACAUUACGGUAAAUGCGGGCGCGUGUGCCGACUCAGCUGAGGAUGAGGCUCUCAAUCCACCAUCUUCGCGGUGGGUGGACCUUGCAACCGUCUCUGUUGAGGAACGGCUAGGACAGAAAGGAGGCCGAUGGCUCAAGAAGAUCGAAGACGCUCAGAGGUAUCUAUUUUUUGAUAUUGCGGAGACCAUCGGAACCAAGUCUGACAAAGCUUCACAAGAACGGAAAAGAUGCACAACUCUGAUGGAGUUGGCAAGCAUAUACCGUGCUCUCUUCGGGCAGCCUCUCUCACCCUCUCCAUAUGCCGUAAUGCCCCACGCAGAAAGUGAUACUCAAUUGGCCCUACAUGCAGCGGCUAGUGAGCCUAGCUGGCCACAAGAUCCGCCGCCCGACCGGAGUGUUAAUUCCCCUGCGCCACCAAUCGGGCAGACAGAGCAGUAUGAUGAUACGGUAACGGAUACCCAGCACCUCCUCCCGGGCGUUGGCGAAGAGGAAGAGCAUGGUUCGGCCGAAAUCGUCACCACGGAAUCACCUCUGGUUAAUAGGGCGCUUGGCUUGAGUGGGCUCCGGCUUCUCGAUGUACUGCCCGCAGCUUCGAUGAUAGGCAACUGGCUCUCGCCAAGUACACUUGAACCAAUACGCAUCCCGAUUCCGCGAGGAAGUCCCAACCAACAGAUGCAAAUGGCAAUCCGAGAUGUGGCGGACCUCAACGGGAACAUCGGGGACACGGAAUCGAUACAGAGCGAUAAUGGUCUCCAACUGGAGAAUUUAAAUACCACUUCGCCGUCGACCUUUGAUGGCCAGAUUGACGGACAGCCAGGGAAUCUACUUCAAUUAACUAUGGGAGCCGAGGAGCCGUGUACCGAAGCGUUGGGAGAUACUGGCCGCGCAGCUCACACCUCCACAAGGGGGGAUCCCGGUGAGGUACACCGAUCGGAACUGCAACACGACAGACCCCGAACGGCCCAGAUCCAGGACGGAGAGAGCCAGGCCACAGUUCCCAAUGCCUCGGUUGGCCUAAAUUCUCAUGAUACCAUUCCGCAUGAAGAAGAUAGGGCAUGGUACGGGGGAAUCGUGAAUGGUGAUAGCCUACAGAGUUUACAGGUCGAUACCGAACAAUAUGAGUCUGGCAACGCAUUAUUUGAGGCCGAGAGUAUGUCGACGGAAGAGGGGCAGUCUGAACACGAUCCCGAGAUGGACAUGGGAAUUCCCACGGCGGGUCAUGAAAGGCAGGGGUCAGAGGCAACAAACGCUCCGCAAGUGAUGGUAGAGAAUGAGAGACCCGUCUUCUCUGAGACUCAGGAUAAGAUACCAAUCAUCGACGUGGGGAUUGCACCGCCCGAUGAUCCCCCUGUUGCUCUUGGUAGUCAAGAUCAAGGCAACGAAUCGUCUUUGAACACCCAGUCAAGCCCUAGCCACGGGGAGCCAUUACGCGAAAAGGAGAUCGAAGUGACCGUUGAUGCGGGGGUGCAGCAGAGACCACCACCCCCCGGGCUAGGCCGGACCGCGGGUCUCCCUACAGCUACCAGUGCGCCUAACUGGCAGGCACCUGAUAUGAUGGAUGUAGAUGAACCGCCAAAAGAUCAAGCCUCGUUCAAGGACCGAUCAGCCAGCUUCUCAACCACUCCUUCAUCAAAUAAUGCCUCGCACACCUUUUCAUCGACCCCAGGCUCUCCAGUACGCUCCCGGAAGCGCUCCACUAAGGGCAAAAACAUAUCCCGCAAACGCUCUAGUUCAGGUGGCUCUAGCUACAUGCCCAAACGACGUUGUAUGGAAAUCGUCGUCGGACAGCGACGACUGAGUAGGGCAUUGCUAGAACGUGCAAGGACAAGACUACGAAAGAAGAGAGCCUUCGUUCUCGACUUCUCAGUUUCUGGUCGACCAUUUGUACGUUCUGAUAAAAUCGUUCAUGGGCCGCGCUUACUCGCUGCUACGGAGGAGCUAUUAUCUUCUACCCGAGAGCUACACACGCAAACGGCAGCGGCAGUCGAUGGUAAUGCACCCGGGCCCUACCAGGCUUUCGACAGCCAUCAGACAAAGGCCGGUGGAAAAAACCCCGCCCAUCAGCAACAAACCUAUCCUAGUGCCGUACCAAUAUCGUCAAAUAUUACAUGUGGAGCGACUGGCAUUAGCGAGCCAUCGGGCAAGCGACCGAGAGAACAAGGCAGUAGCGCCUCUAGUGAUGGCGAUAGCCCAGCGGAAGAGAGAAACAAAUUGGAUGCAGAGAAUCCCGCUCUGGUGGAUACUCCAAACAAACGUCUUUGCUAUGGGCUGAGUGAUCCGCAAGGCAUCGUAGUAGUUGACGCCGCCCGGAGACCUCUCGUGGAAGAUAUCACCAUCAAUCAUUUGAGUAAUAAUGCGUCAUCUAGGAAACGACGAAGUCAAGACGGCAGCGGUACUCCCAGUGACAGCGACACCCUAAUGAAAGAAAGCAGCGAAUUGAUUGAAGAGCAUCGCCAUUCAAUGGAAACUUCUAACAAACGGCUCUGCCUCGGACUCAGUAAUCCGCAAGACAUCGCAUCAAUUUACGCUCGCCGACCUGUGGCCUUAAAUCACGCGGCGACAAUUGCCACUUUGAACCGAUCUCAACCCGGACAGUCUCAGGCCGAGGAAGCUGCCCAGAAUCGAUCAAACUGCGUUCCUCUACUCAUCAACUCCAACGAAGAAGCGGCUUAUUCCAACCCUCUAUCUCUAGAUCCGGGAUUGCAGGCUUCUGAUACUCAGGGUGAUACUCAGGGCGAUACUCAGGGCGAUACUCUCAUGGUUGAUGCAAAAACAACAGGAAAGUCUCGCCGAAAGAAGCCACAAAAAGUCCUUAGUCGUCAGCAUCAACUGACCGACAGCCUCGCCUUUAUUGUAGUGCUGCUGGGCCCUGAAGUAAAGUUCGUUCAUUGUCGGGCAAAAGCAACGAUCAAACCCUUCCUUGAGCGACACAUCAGAAAUAGUGGCGACACCGGCAAUUUCUUUAAUCGAAAUCUACGGAUAGUUGAGUUAGAUCCUAGCCAGCCCGGAGCAACGGGCAUGGAUCAAUUUUUCAGGGCGGAAGACAUUCUGGUUUACCAAAUGACUGACCACAACGAGUUCAAUACGGUGACUCUGGUGAAAAAAAUCAAUCUUGCAGUAUCUUUGAAGAAAGAGGAAAUAAUACUUUCCGCCUCGCGAAGGCCUUUAUAUCGAUUCAGGGCUCCCCGGCGCAAAAGUUAG